CGCGUUCUCCGACAUCGGUCGCAUUUGGUCUUUUUCUCUCUCUUUUGGUUCGUCUCUUCCAGAAAACAAAAACAAAAUUCGGUCGGUUCACGACGGUCGCGUGUACACAGGUCACGAUUCCCGCGCGGUUCAACAUAGGCUGUAGCAUAAAAUCGCGUGCUACUGAACCACAACAAACAACACAGCCAGGCAGCAGUAGCAACAACAACAGCAGGUCACGGGCACAAGUCUUUGUUGGACUUUACGACGACGACGAACCACCUUCGCAUUUGAUAGCCCCCCUCAGCAGGUUUCGUCAAAUAGUACAAAUCUCAAAUACAGUCAUCAAUCAUGAACAUAGAAAUCUCCCGCCUCACGAUGGCCAGCGCAGAACAGGGAGCCGGGACCGACCAGACCGACCGGGGCAUGCGGAAGGAGUACUUCGGCAGCAGUGGCGUCACCAAGUUCCUGCCGCCGGUGUUUAAGCUGCUGGAGCUGGCUGUCGCCAUUAUCUGCAUCGGACUGAUCGACGACCCGGCCAACAACUCACGAUUCCGCGUGUUCUUGGCCACACGCACGGCCUCCCUCGCCUAUUCCACCUUCGUGCCCUUUCUGAUCUUCUCCGUCAUCUAUCUGUUUGGCAAGGUCAUUCGUGAGAACAUCCCCUGGAAGUUGCAAUCGCUGCUGAAUCUGACGGCGUUCAUCCUGUACCUGGCGAGCGCUGCCUGCAUCCUGAAUGACUGGUCCGAAACCAAGACCCGGAAUUACUGGCCACCAAACACACAGCGAAUGGACUACAUGUGCGGUGCCGGAGCGGUCGCCGUCAUUGGGGCGCUGAUCUACCUGCUGGAUCUGAUAGUCACCGUCCGGCUCGGAGUGAAGGGCGAGAUCGAGUAAUUGCCAGCCCGAGCUGGUGAAACAUUCCUCCGUCCAUCAUUGCAUUGACAGCAAACAUUAUCAUAAGAGUUUUAUUUUUUAAUCUUUAUCUGAGCCAAUCCAGUAGCGAAAACGUUUAAAUCUAUGGACCAAAAAGUAGCUUUAAGAACAACACAUUGAGAGAGAGUACCCUAUUUUAGUUAUGUUGUAGAUGUUUUAUUUUAAAUUAUUCCUACUUUUUAUUUUGUUACGCGUACUAACAAGUCUUACUUCGAACAUUUCACAUCGAUGAUUUGCAAAAGUUAUCAGGAAUAAUAAUUGGUAGAAUCUCGAGCAGAACACCCUUACUAGAUUGGAAAGCCAUAUUUUGCGUUUUAGCCUUAGAAUCAAAUGUACAAAAGACAAGCGACUAUAACUAAUUCGUUUAGUUUCAAGAAAAAAUGCCAAUAAAUAUGUACAUGCCAUUUCGAAUUAA